CUUUCAGGCUAGAAUCCUUGCCGUUGGGACUGUGUCUGGGGCGUGGGAGGCUGCACAACAGUUCUGCCUGCCGAUGAGAGACUCCGAGCAGGAGGCACUGAAGCUGUCUCUCAUGAACAUGAAGAUGCAGCUUGGAGAGGACCCAAAGGAGUACUUUCUUAGGUUCGACAGAGUGUUGUCUACUCUCCGCGCCGUCAACGGCGAUGCGAUCACGGAUAGAGAAGUCCUCGCGAUGCUUCGAAGGAACCUCUCCGCCGACUACGAACAGGUCUACAUUCUCGUCAUGGCCAACAGCUCGCUCACGCGCGAGGACUUGGAAAAUCUUGUGCGAAGCCUGCACGCCGAGAGAGACCUCGGGAAUGUUGCGCGGCGGACGGCAGCGCCGACCGGUGACCCGCAAGCUCUUCAUGUCGCCGGUGGAAUUUUCGGCGCGACUGUUGGGGAGGUUUUUCUCGUCAACAGCAGCAUGGUCUACUGCAGUCCUGCGGAGGUGUUCCCGUACAGCAACCGUUCCAGCAGCAGUGGAGGUAUGGCGUGUUUGGCAGAAGGUGUUCUUUUUAGCAGCAGCAGCAACAACCGUGCGUGCAGCAGAGGUUCGUGCCACAGCCAUCGGUGCAGCAGCAGCCCAUGCCACAGCAGCAGCCUCGUCAACAGCAGCAACCUCUACGGUCCUGCAACGGCGCUCCUGGUACAUCUCCAGCUUUCGCCCGCGGACCGUUUCAGCAGCAGCGGAGGAACGGCGAGUUUGGCGGCCGGUGGACAGACGGCCGCAGCGGCGGCGGCGGCAGCAGCAUCGGCAGGAGCGGCGGCGGCGCGGACGGGUUCGGCCAGAGCGCCGUCACCGACAGUAGCAUCGGCUGAGGCGGAGGUGGUGCGGACGGCUUCGGCCAGAGCGCCGUCCCCGACAGCAGCAUCGGCGGUGGCGGCAUCGGUGACGGGGGGAGCGGCAGCAGCAGCAGCAGCAGCGGCGGCGUCCCCGGUCGCCGCGUUGGCGUUGGGUGUCCAGACGGCCGCAGAGGCGGCGGUGUCGACAUCGGUGACGGGGGUAACGGCAGCGGCGGCAGCAGCAGCGGAGUCCCCGGUCGCCGCGUUGGCGUCGGGUAUCCAGACGGCCGCAGCGGCGGCGGUAGCGACAUCGGUGAUGGGGGUAACGGCAACGGCGACAGCAGCAGCGGCGUCCCCGGUCGCCGCAUUGGCGUCGGGUGUCCAGACGGCCGCAGGGGCGGCGGCGGCGGCACCGGUGACGGAAGUAUGUGACGAAGAGUUGGAGGAAGCGGUUGGNAGGGUAACGGCACCGGCGACAGCAGCAGCGGCGUCCCCGGUCGCCGCAUUGGCGUCGGGUGUCCAGAUGGCCGCAGGGGCGGCGGCGGCGGCACCGGUGACGGAAGUAUGUGACGAAGAGUUGGAGGAAGCGGUUGGUGCGACAACCAUGCCAUUGCCAGUCCUCGAGGAGCUUGAUAGCCGAUAUGCUGGGGGGGACGUGAGCAACAGCAUCAGCAGCAGCAGUAGCAGCAGCUGCAGCAGCGAAGACAGCGGUGGCGAUGGGAGCGGGGACGAGGGGUUGGAUGAAACCUGGAGUGGAGCCCCGACGCACCCCUUCGACCCCGGAACGGAAGUGGCAGCUCCGGCGGCGACAACGGCGGCAACGGUGCCAGCCGCAGCAGCGACGGGAGUUACGGCUUUGGCCAGAGCUCCGACGGCAGCCGCAGACGGCAGCGGCGGCUUCGGCCAGAACCUCGUCGGUGGCAGCGGCGACAACGGCGGCGGUGGUAGAAGCGGCAGCAGCGACGUCAUCGGCAGCCGUGUUGGCGCUGGAACUCAUGACGGUCGUGGCGGCGGGGGAACGGCAACGGCGGCGAUGACAGCGGCGGCAGCAGCGGUGGCGCCCUCGAGUCUACCGGGAACGGGGAGGACACGGUGACAGCGACGACCUCACCUUGUUAUAGCCAAGUGGGAGAACAUAUGAAACGUUCACGACUUUGUUCGGUUUUGUGAGCAGGUAUGUACGUUUUAGCUUCUUCGCCAUUUGGCUUCGCAUUUGUUUUUGUUCUGUUUUUCCCUUGCUAGCGAACCCUGCACUUUGAUGCAGAAACACGUGUAUGCCACGGCGUGUGCGUAUUUGUUUGUUUGUUUUUUUAACUUUGUUUCAUGAUAAUAAUUGUAGCUCGGGAUGAAUUUUGGGGGCUGACAGCAGGGGGGCUGUUUGCGUGGAUGCUUGCUUGCUUAUGUGUUCUAUCGUUUCUUGGACAACAGCGACGGUAUCGAUUAGCGGGUGCGCGCUGUUUAGGAUUUGGUCCUUGGAUACUGUUUUGGAGGAAGGAUUUAACAUGUUUUGACGAUUAAUGGUUGGGGCCAUUGUGCUUUCCGAAUAUUCGUUUUGAUUGGUGAAGAAGUUGAUUUUUUGUUUUGUUUGAGGAUUUGGUGCCAACUCUUUUGAGGUUGUUUUUUCCAGAAAUAUCCGUUUUCGUUCCGCCGCCUUUCUGACGUAGCACAAAUAAUUGUUGGGCACCUUUCUGAGGAUGAUUCUUUUGUGUCAACGGUUUGAGAUUAUUUCCAGAGGCGAACGAGUGGGAUUCGUGAAUAAACUGAUGGAGACGCUUUGUGUUGAAUGCGUAGCCAUUUUGAAUAAGUUUUCUGAUGGGGUGUUUUUCUGUGUUGACUGAUCGCGCGUGAAGGGUUGCAAGAUCGUACAUCGUAUCAAGUAGGGGGGCUGUUUGUGGUACUUGGAUAUGAGUCCGAGCUGUCAUCCUCUGUGGGGGAUACGCGGAUGGGAAGUAUGGGUGUGAUGGAUAUGUAUGCGGUUGGGGUCCAAGUGCGGCCCCCCCGGGUGAGCACACGGCGGUGUGCUCCCGGCACUUGCCUGGCUUGCGUGUUGGUUACCAGGUUUUGCCUGAGGGGCUUGCGUGCCGGAUAUAUAUAAUACAUGGUCCUUUUUUCAUCUGCUGUGCCUGGGAUAACAUAGUACCCAGUCUCAACACCACAGACAGCUGAGGGCGGCAGUGCACACUGACACCUUUCGUCUCAACUAUUGAGCGAAGACCGUUGCUACCCUGCAGUAUGGUUUUAGUGGAUUGCUCGCGGUCGAGCCCAAUUUCUUGCGUCAUAUUGUUUUUCUGUUUAUUCGAAGGUCGACUCCUUGGAGGGAUGUUUCUUGUGAGUGGGGGACGGGAUUGUAUGCAAUGAGCGAGAAGCAUGUGGAAGGGCUGAAUAGCUGUAACACGUCAGUUUGACGUGUGCGGUUAGAUCAGCAGUUGAUGUCCCACCUACAUGUGAGAUGGCUCUGUUUAGCUUAUCUCACCUGCAACACGCACCGGCUAGCGUUCUGGUGGUAGAUUUAGUCUCCGAUUACCUCCUAGCAAAGGCUGCGUGUACUCCAACGCCAGCACUUGCAUGUUAGCUCACGUCACGUUAUUAGAUCAACUCAGCGGCCAGAAGCAUGUACUAAGGCUUUCAGUUUCUUUGGUUCGAUCGGCCGCGCCUACAAGAUUUGUCCGGGAGGCAAAGCCCUGCCAUUGGAAAUGGUUGAGUGUACGCACCUCCCUACCUACACCAACAGAUUGCCCGGGUCGAUUCUCGUCGCAUUUCCAACCACGGACCUGCGCCUUCCAUAUCUAGACUGCGAAAGGUUAAAAAUUUCACCGUAUUCAUCCCUUGCCGAGACAGCCGCCGCUACAGCUGCACGUAUUUUGGUGAUGGAAGUUGAGUGGGUGUUCUCCACGUGUGUGUGCCAAUUUUAUCCAUUCAGGAUCUAUCCAUAGACUAGAUAUGUCGUCGAUGGUUUUGUGCUCCGUAGCAUUUGUUGGUUUGAUUCCGAGGAGAAUGCUCUGUAUCCCGUGCGUGAAGAGUUCAAUCGUGGAUGGAUGUGUUUGGGUGUGGCUGCGAGUCAAUGUUAAAGGGGGUGUUCGUUAGUGUUGUUACAGGGUUUACUUUGUUAUUUUCCAAGAGUGAUUUAAAGGGUUUCGUUGAAGGUCCACGGAAUGUGCAUGUGUGUGCAAAAAGUUAGUUUUGAGAGCUAUUGCAACCAUACAAUGGACCAGUACUGUACGUGAGAGUUGUUGGCCCGGAUCCGGACUUCAGAUUGUCGGCUACACCACCCGUCCAGUGUGAGAUCCGGAAUAGUUUCCCUUGUUCUACCAGAGUCAUUACCCAAGUUGCAAGGCCUACCCCGUGGGAAGCUCAAUUGUCUGAAGGCGAAAGUUUUUUUCCCCCCCCCCCCCCGGGAUAUAUGUCCAAGGUAGCGGA